AGAGAUUCGAACACAUUGCGGUGUUUAUGUUUACAAUUGCUAAUUCUGUCCGCAGAGUGAAGUUGUCAAGGGAAUGCGAUGAUCUCAGGUCGUUGUACGAUACCUAGAUGGCUUUAACAACUUUUUUAGCCAUUUCUGCUCUCAUUCAUGCUGCUAUUUAUUUUACUGAUCAAUUUCUAAAGUCAUGCAUCAAUGUUCCAUAUUUAUACUUCCUUGAAAAUGUUGGAUUGACUGUAAAACCUCUCCAGUUACUUUGGUUUACCACAGCCUUUAACAGAAGUGUAACAAAAUGGGCACUCUGGAAACCCAGGUUCUUCAGGGUUUGGUUCACCAUAGGUGCAGUCCUAGUUUCAUUGCUGCUUCUUCCAUCCAUCUUUCUUCUCAUGAGUUGUCUUGUCAGCUAUUUCCAGCCAGUGCCUGGAAAAUCAUCUCGCAUCCUCGAACCAGUGGUACCUGGAAUUAAUCUUCCUUUGAAGGAGCUCCCGUAUUAUUUUGCCACAUUGCUUGUAGCAUCAUUCAUCCAUGAGGCCGGACAUGCAAUGGCAGCUGUCAAAGAAGAUGUUCAUGUUAAUGGCUUUGGAAUUCUCUUACUCUUCGUUCUACCUGGUGCUUAUGUUGAUGUCCCUACCGAAGAGAUACGAACCCUCACACCAUUCAGACAGCUAAAGAUACUGUGUGCUGGUGUAUGGCACAACAUGGUGUUGGUGAUAUGUGCUUUUUUUAUAUGCCUCUCACUGCCAGUUCUUCUUCAGCCACUAUACAUGUAUGGGCAAGGCAUGAUGGUGCUCUCCCUUACAUCGGAUUCUCCAGUAAGAGGACCAACUGGGUUGCAGGCUGGAGAUGUUAUAAUGGAAGUCAAUCAUUGCUCCAUUCAAACCCAAGCAACUUGGGAGCAGUGCAUUAUAAAGAGUAUUACAAGUGAUCAGUUAGGAUUUUGCAUACCAGAAUCAGCAGUUCACUCAUAUGAUGAGACAAUUCACCAUGCUUUUGAAAGCUCUGAUGGAUCAGUUCAGUGUUGUAGUGGAGACAGUGAAGCACAUCUGUGUUUUGAGUUGUUAGAAGAUAAAGAAAAAGAUUCAGGAGUGGCUGCCAUGCAGCCAUUCUCAUGUUUACCUGCACGUUUAGCAAUAUCUAUGAGUUUUAUUCCCUAUACAAGUGCAGGCAUUGAAAUAAAGUUUGUUAAAUGUGUAAACUUGCCAGCAGAUUUCUACGGAUUUAGCACACCGGAUUCCAAUACCUGCACUGAUAUAAAAGAGUAA